GCUCCAAUGAAAAUGGUUAUUGUUUGUGUGUGCUAUAGCAAAUCGGUACGUUAGUACCUGCAUGCUCUGUGUAUGGUUGCAUAAUUAUGACUGUCGUAAGACAACCUGAUAGCGUUUGUAUGGUGACAUAUAACUGCUGGAAGAUGUCGUUCGCGCAUUGUUUCGUGUUUACCACGUAUUUUACGCGAUAAUUAUCUACCUAUCUAAGUAAUAUUGCGAAACGUUUUCGGUAAAAUAAAUAUCAUCAGACUAAAUUUAGGCUUGAAAGUGCCCAGAACUGCCAAACUGUGAAUAUAAACUUAAUAGCUAAAUGAAUUCAGUGGUUAACACGAAGCAAUUCGCGGACGUUAUCAGGUUAUCUUACGGCAGCAAAAUGCCACCAUACAAUCAUGAGAUGAAACACAACUAGUAUUAUAGUAUAUAUAACUAUCUUGUUUCACGUAUUUACCUCAACCUUUUGAAUUAAAUUUACGAUUGAAUGCGUAAGAAUGGAAAACACAUUUAACCAUUUUACAUUCAAACGCUGUAGAAAAUAAGCGAAUAUCAAUAAGAAGAGGAGCUAUUUAUCAUUGUGUUUACAAAAUGAGGAGAUUAUUUUCAUUUCGAACGCGUGACGCUAAAAGGACUGUUACUUUGGCGGACAUUAUGCGUGACAAGCGCGUGCAGCUCCCGUGUGUGGUUGUUAUGUCGAUAGGAGAAGGAGAGGCAGUGGAGGAGGCGGUACUGCUGGAGGAGUGGGCGCCACGGACGCUCCAAUUCGUCCGGCUGGAGGUCUUGGAUAACAAAAUAGAUGGCAGAGAGACGGAUCCUAGAUUGCUGGAGAAACGGAAGUCACUUGUUGGACAGGAGUUUCUUAUUCCGGCGGCGUACCAUGGAUUUGUGACACCACUGAAUCGUACAUUUCAACGCCACACACUCAUGAGCAUUGCAGAGGUAGUUGAAACACAGCCGAAAACGCUUAUUGCCGAGGAUAAUCUACGACUGACGCCUAUAGAUAAAGAUGCGUCAGAAGAUAAAGAUGACGUCAUAAGAAAAGCUCCAGUUCCAAAAGGCGCACGUCUCACCGUCAUUGACAUUCAACAUAAAAACGAAAUAAAAGUUAUUGUCAAAGACGAACGCGGUGAAAGGUAUGUGGUGGAUGAAGAUGUUGCCACAAAGUUGUCGUCAAAUGCUGAAAAGAAAGUAGUCCGUUUGAGCGAGUUUGUAUCUUAUUCGCAUUUUCCACGAAUUGUGUCUUUCGAUGUUGCUUUAUUGUCUGAUGUUGCGUCAUUUAUUCCUGAAGAACAUGAAUUGUUUGCUGCAAUAUGUUCUGGGUUAGUCAAACUGAAAGAAGUGGAAGAGUUUGAUGUCAUUAUUGGCUGGAAACAAGUAUUAGGUGAUAGGAAUUCUUAUAAGGUACAGCUUAUUCCAGAAUCUUUGGCUUCAGAUUUAAAAUGCCAUGAGUAUAGAUUCAAGACUCCUGAUGGGAAAACACGCUUCAUCGAUAGCAAUUUCCAAAACUGUUCAUUUGAAGACAUUGUCCGUACAAAGUUGUUUACAAAAAACCUUGACGCGUCUUUGAUAACUGAAAUUGACACCAUUGUACCCAGCUCACAAGGCAAUACUUACGUGGCGUCACAAUCGACGUCAUGUUUACGCCAUACUGAAGCUUCAAACGUACAAACAGUAAAAUAUAUGAGCCACAGUAGUGAUUCAGAAGUUUCCUCAGAUACCAUGCACACGUACCAAAACAUGAAACUAAAAAAGUCUAAGACUAAACGUAACACUCUUGUCACAGAUGAUGACGGGUAUGUCGACAUGUCGUGAAUGGAAACACACUGAUAUAAAAUAGCAUAUAGCUGAGAGUAAAUCAGUAAAAUGUACCGGUGGAGGUGAACGCCGUGUACAGGUACCGGUGGAGGGGUACGCCGUGUACAGGUACCGGUUGAGGGGUUUGCCGUGUGCAGGUACCGGUUGAGGGGUACGCCGUGUACAGGUACCGGUUGAGGGGUACGCCGUGUACAGGUACCGGUGGAGGGGUACGCCGUGUACAGGUACCGGUUGAGGGGUUUGCCGUGUGCAGGUACCGGUUGAGGGGUACGCCGUGUACAGGUUCCGGUGGAGGGGUACGCCGUGUUAUAUAACACUUGUUUCAUAUCCAUACCUCAGUGGCCCAGUGGUUUAGCCAUUUAGAAAAUAAAACGCUGAGAUCGGGAUUGAAUCGUGUUGCCGUUCUCAGUGUGUUUUUUCUUUUCUUUGUGAUUAUUGAGUUUUGAGUACUUUGGAUUAAUGUUGGGACUGAAUUUAACUAUGCAUGUAUUUGUAUAUCGGCAUCCUUACUAUCAGAAAGUAUAAGUUAGAUAAAUUUGACUGAUAUCUAAACCGUCGUCAUGGUUGUCAUAGUAUCUGGAUUGUGGUUGAAAAUUAAGUUUAAGCAAUAGUUAGAUGACAUGAAGUAAACUCUUAAUGAUUUAUAAUGGGCGUAGAGAACGAGCCCUUCUUAUUCAUUUGUAUUUUACAUCGGGUCAUCUCACUGACUUAGAAUACAACCUUACUGGUUGACACAUUGUCAACGCAAAAUCAGAUUAACUAGGGGGACCUUUAAACACCCGCGAAAGUUGGAAUUCUUAACAAUUAAGCCUAGUACUUAAUGAUUGCCUUUCUGCCAUUACAUUGGCUGAAAAUGUAGGUUGUAUUUUACAAUGCAAAGAUACGUGGAGUUUUUAUAUAUCAACCGAUUUAGCAUUGGUGUCAAUCAUUAUUUAUCGAAAUGGUGGCUUCCGUAAAACAUGUUUUGAAAUUUUGAGGUGAAAUGUUGCUUUCCCACUUAAAUGAAUACAUGACUUCGAAGUGUUUUUUUUAAAAAAAAACAAUUCUUCAAAAUAAAUAUUGCCUGUCAUUUUACUCUGAAACGUUUGGAAUGAAGGUUUAAUCACAAGUUUUGUAUAUUUUUUCUCUCCCAAAAGGCUACUUCCUGAUUAAAGUCAUGAUAAUCACGACCUUUGAUCUGAUGACGUCAAUGGAGUAGUAAAUAAUCUUAUCUCCACGGGAAUAUGCUUCAUUGUUUGGUCUGAGAUAAUGUCAGAGGGUCAUUUUUACUAAAUACUUACAAAACAAAUCAAUCAACUAAAAUCUAGGUAUGCCUACUUUGAUAUCUGUUUUCUUUAAUAACAAAAUCUGAGAGAAAAGAUUCAAACCCAUUCGUAUCUGUUCUGCGGCUUAACUUAAUGGUUCAAAUCCUUGACCAUACUAGAAUUCUGAGCAUUCUGUUCGUUUUAAUAAGAACAUGCCAUUGCCGUUACAAUGAUAUUCAAUUGAAGGUUAAUCAAGAAGUGGAAAUGUGUUUAGACGCGUUUACUUUUUGACGCUGCUUGCGUAAAAAACAUGCUAACCUUUCAGUUUUUAAAUUUCUAAUACCAGUAACUUAAUACAGUUGCGAGCCAAAUGAAAAUUAGUUUAUUGAGUUAUUUCAAACCUUUUCCUUAAAGAUGCACUAUUACUCCCAAAAAAGAUUUAACACAUUUAAUACAUUUGUUUUAAUAUACCCCAAAGGAUGAACAAAUGUCAAAACAAUGAUGCUUAUGAAGAAUACUUUAAAAUAGAUGUGCAGAAAACAGGGUAUUUCUACCUUUUGAGACAAUAGCAAAUCUUUUGGCAUUUACCAAUCAUUUAAUAUUUUUGCGUUUUCAGCUAUUAAAUACACGGUUAUAAUAUUGUGAAUAGUAAUUAAUAUUUUCUAUAAAUGCAUUAUUUAGUAAGUAGUUGAGGGUGUAUCACUCAAAGUUCAUGUUUGUUUCACAAGUGUAUGUAUUGAAUUUGAAUGCGAGUGUCACUUUAAAGCUGGAUUACUCUUUAUUAUGAGUAUAAAUGAACAUGUAAGUUAAUAGCUGUUAUAACUUCCUUUAAAAGCUUGUGUAUCUAUUUCUGUGCAAGCUUACUAGAAACCAUUGUGUAUUGAAACAUUUUUCCAUUGUCCAAUAUAUAUCUAGGUCAAAAGGACACUUAUGUUGAAAAACUGUCUUCUUUCUAUUGAUCACUUUGGUCUUUAGAGAAAUAGAAAACCUUGCUUCAAAAAUGAAUACAGGGAGAAGGUUAUGUCCUUGAUGUAUGAACCUACAACUGAAUAUGUUCUUUCA